AGAGAUGCUCACAAAUAAAACAGCUGAGGUUUAGUUGUAUCGCGCAAAAACUUGGCAAGGACACGUAAAUUCAUUCAAGUUUAUUCAACUCAAGAAAAUGUAUCGAGGUGACAAGCUUGUCUUGGCCACACUUGGAGCUUUUGGUCACCCAUUUCUUGGCUGGACCCGUUAUUCAGACUUUAAGCAAGAAAAAGAUAAGGUGCUUUUAGCAAAUUUGGAUGUGCACAAUUAUGAACCAAACGAAAUUACCCUCAAGGUCGAAGAUGGGAAAGUAAAGGUUCAAGGAAAGCAUCACUCACAAGGACGAUUUGGCUUCGAGUCUAGCGAGUUCCACCAAGCCUAUCCUCUGCCAGAGGACGUGGAUCCUUCAUCUGUUUCUUCUCGUUUUUCUCCUGAUGGAGUUCUUUACAUCGAGGCCUACAAAAAGCCAAAGGAAAAGAAAGCUGAAGCCGGUCCAGUAGCUCAGAUGGAUGACAAAAAAUUCUCUGUCAACCUGGAUUUGAGCAGCUUUUCCCCUGAAGAAGUCAAAGUUAAAGUCUUCAACAACGAACUAAUGGUAAACGCUUCAAAGAAUACCAAAUCUGAGGAGGAAGGUGUUUUCGUUUCCCGCCAACUUCAUCGCCAUUUCGUGCUUCCCAAAGAUGUAGACAUGGAUUCUAUCAAGUCUAAUCUGGACAAGGAUGGACACCUUCACAUCGAAGCAACCAGGAAACAACUGCCUGAACCAACUGAGAGAGAAAUCGAAGUUGUGAAGCCCCCGAAAGAUGAGGAGUGAAAUGAAAAAUCUCAGUUUGAGGUCCAAAAAUCUUGCAUCUAGUAAACUUAUUUGCUAUAGUAUUUUAAGUAGAAAAACGUGUGUAAGUGGUUUAUAACUUUUAAAGUGUAAACGUCAUAAUUAAGAGAAGACUUUUGGUUAUUCAGUGUAGUACUGGAAAAUCUUGCAUCUAGUAAACUUAUUUGCUGUAGUAUUUUAAGUAAAACGUGUGUAAGUGCAUGGUUUAUGACUUUUAAAGUGUAAACGUCAUAAUUAAGAUAAGACUUUUGGUUAUUCAGUGUUGUACUGGAAAAUGCUGUUGUAUUGAAGUGAUUGAUACGCACAAACAUAAAUCAACUCUUCUAAGAGCUAAAAAGCUAUUGUUUGUUAUUGAGUUCCCUUUUAAAUUGAAAUAAAGAUAUUGUAUUGUA